AUGGAAGUUUUUCCUUCUCAGGUUUCCGAAGUAUUAGCAGACAUUGGCAGCGUGCCUUCAAGACUGCACAGUGAGACAUUUUCCUCCGCAUCUUCAACAGCCAGCAGCAUGAGGUUUGAAAUUCCUGAGCAACGUGCGGCAUCAGGUGCUACAGUAUCAGUUGCUGUUCCUUCCUAUGCUGGAUCUGCUUUUCAGCCUUCAUCUCCACAGUUUGGUUCUUUUAGUCCCAUGGAAGACCAUCGUGAUGAAGAUAGGUUGCAUUUUGCUGACAGAGAGCUUGGUGGCGAAGGAGCAGAGGAUGAAACCCAGCUGGUUGUGCUGGACCCAGAACAUCCAUUGAUGAAAAGAUUCCAAAGUGCUCUAAAGGCCUACCUCAGUAAACAGAUAGGAAAACUGACUGAUGAGCUUCGUGAACUGACAGCAUCCAUAAAGCAUGGGAAGGGGGAGAGAGAGAAUCUUGGAGUGAUCUUAUAUGGCGUCCAGCAACAACUGGCCAGGCUGCAAAUGGAACUGGAGAAGAACCACAACUGCCAUUCCCAGAUUGCCAUGGCACGCCGGCAACUGGAGGAAGAGUUGCAUGAUCUCAGGAAGACAUACAAGGCAGCAUGUGAAAACACUGAGGAUGAACGCAAAAGAGUUUCAGCUAUGCAGACAGAGAUAGAAAAGCUGUCCCUGCGCCUGUUUUACAUGCAGAACAUGGACAAAGAUGUCCGUGAUGAUAUGGCCGUGAUGAAAAGAAUAGUGAAUAAGACUGAUAUGGAAAGAAUGCAUGCAGAAAUCGAAAAACAAAAACAGGACCUUCAUGUAGAUCGCUUAACAAAGAAAGUCAAUGAGUUGGAGGAGCAGAUAGCUCUCUAUGAAGCGCAAUACAUGGCACAAUCUGAAGACACAAACAUUACACGGAAAGAAGUGGCAGAGGCAAUUACAGAGAUACAAGCUAUUCAGUUGGAAAAAAAGCAGCUCUUGCGUAACUGGGCUGGGAGCUUGACUGGGAUGAAGCACCGAGAUGAAGCCUAUGCUGCUAUGCAAGCAGCUUUGCUAGAAUCCAGACACAAGCUCAAGGCAUUGGAGAUUGAAAUUGAAGUCUACAAGAAGUCCAUCACCAAGGAGGAAGAGAGAAACGAGCUCUUGGCUUCUCUUUUAAACCGUGCAGAGAAUGAUGGCAACACAAGCAGGAAGCUGAUAUCCCAAUGCAUGGCUAAACAGGAUGCCAUGAAAGUGGAGUUUGGGACUUACACCCGUGCCCUUCAGGAGACAGAGCAAGCUCUCAUUCGGGCCAAUAUGGAUCAAGCUUCCCGUACGAAGGAGUUGGCAAUUCUUCGAAAAGAGAUCGAGAAGGGAUCGGAAACCAAGCAAGAACUUGAGAAUGAGAUCAUAUCCAAGCUGCAGGAUCAGCUGAUGUCUAACAAAGCAGCAAGAUAUUAUCUACAACUAGGUGUUAAGCUUCAGAACCAACUGAUGACUUUGGACAUACAGCUCACCAAGAUUGAGAAUGACACAGCCCAAACUGAGCUGAAUAUCACAAACACUAACUGCAAGCUGAAUAUGCUUGAGAAAACCCUGUCGGAUAUAGACAGCGAAAUGGACAACCUCAACAAACAAAUCAGUCAUAGUGAGGCUGAAAUUGCUAAGCGUAACCUCAUGAUUGGACGCAAACAAGGGGUGAUCAACCUGUACAACAAGAAAUUGGAAAUGCUGAUUUCUCAGCUUGGAGGACAAGAACUGGGGCCCUUGGAAAUUGAAAUCAAGAAACUCACUAAACUUAUAGAUGAUAGUGAGUUGGAGGUGGAGAAGUUACAGAGAGAGUGGUUGAUUCAGCAGAAAGAGUUAGUAAAACUUACCCAAGAGCGAGAUGGGCAGCUGUCUUCCUUGGAUAUGUUAAAGAAAGAGAUCACAAUCAAGGAGCAAAAGAAAGUCCGCAUAGAAAAUGAAAUUCAGCAGGAAAAAAAUGAGCUGAAGGACAUUGAACGCCACAUGAAGAACAUGGCUAAUGAUUUGGUCAAGCUGCAUUUGUUGAUCAACAAAAACAAAGAGGAUUCUGAAGAACUGCAGCAAGGAAACACCUUAAUGGAGAAUGAGUUUGUGCGCUCUCUCAAGGCCUCAGAAAAAGAAUCAAUUCAGAUGCAAGAAAAGCUGGACCGUCUACAGGAAGAAAAGGAGAGACUCCUCAACAGCCUAGUGGAGGCAGAGUGUCAGAUGAUGCAGUGGGAGAAAAAGAUACAGUUGGCCAAAGAAAUGCGUGCCGCAGUGGACUCUGAGACUGGUCAGGGCGAGAUCAGAGCCAUGAAAACAGAGAUUCAUAGGAUGCAGGUAAGAUACCAGCAGCUGAUGAAGCAGCAGGAGAAACUAAUGCGAGAUACAGAGUCUGCAGUGGCCCGCCGAGAGACUAUUGUGAUUCGUGCAGAAGCCCAGAGCAAACUGAAUAAACAACUGCUUACCAAGGGUGAUUUCCACCAUAAGAAGCUAGAGCUAAAGAAAAAGAUCAAGGAGACGCAGAAGAAUGCUGAAGGAUGCAACAAAACUCUAAACCAGCUUGAGAUUUCACAGCGGAAUGUGGGCAAUGCUCUCCUGGAGAAGCAGGACGAACUGGCAAUCCUGAAUAGUGAAAUAGAAGACCUUGAAGUACAGGCAGAUAAGCUGCUGGCAAAGAAACGGCAGAACCUUGCAGAUAUUGUGUCCGGUCAGGCACGCUUGAGGCACUUGCAGGCAGUGAAGGAAGGGAAAUACAACCCACUCUGCCGUACUGAGAUAAUGAUACGUGUUGAACGCCAGAAAAUAGAGGAGCGGCUGCAUACUAUCAGCAUCAUUCUUUAUCAAGUGGGGAAGGACUGCCCUCAUUAUCACAGGACUCUGCAGAAAAUCAACCAACUUCUAAAAAAACAACUUGAAUGAAGCAGCAGCAAAGUAUUAGAGAGGAGACCGGGAGUACAUCAUUUACAUUUCAACUUUUCAUAAAUAAAUAUGUAUUUGAGAAUGGAA